GGAAACUCCAUGUUGUAACAAAGUUUCCAGUUUCUCCCCUUUUUUUUAUUUAAUUUUUUGUUUUCCCCCUUUUCCCUCCCGAUUUCCUCUCCGCCCCCCUCAGCCUCCCAUGCCCCCCAUCUUCUCCCCUCCCCCCCUUUUAUUCCUCUUUCUCUCCAUUUCACCCCCAAGCCGAGGCAGGAAGGAGUGAGGGUGAGUGCUGGCAGGAGGAGGAGUGUGAUGGACAAUCCGUCCAUAUUCACCCAGGUCAGCCGAGAGGAUGUGCAAGAGAAAGGUGAGGGGACAACAGGGGAUGGGGGGAGUCUCUCUGCCCCAACCUGCACAUGGACACAGUGACAUGUUUAUGCCCCCCCUCCGCAAUGCUUAUUAGUGCCCCCCCCUACUCUGCAUGUCUUACUACCCCCCACAUGUCUUACUACCCCACCACACCCCCCUUCACUGCGUGCGUGUCUUACUACCCCACCACACCCCCUUCACUCAUGGUUCCACACCCCACCACACCCCUACACUGGCAGGUCUUGUUUACUACCCCACCACACCUCCCACUCUAUGCUGUCUUACUCACCCCACCACACCCCCCACUCUGCGUGUCUUACUACCCCACCACACCCCCUACCUGCAGUGUCCUACUACCCCCCACCUCCCACAUGUCUUACUACCCCACCACACCCCCCUUCACUCCUGCGGUCUUACUUCACUCCCACCACACCCCUUCACUUCCGCGUGGUCUUACUACCCCACCAUUAAUCCCCACACCGCGCAGGUCUUACUACCCCACCACACCCCCACCUCAUGGUCUUACUACCCCACCACACACCCCCCUACACCAUGCGGUCUUACUACCCCACCACACCCCCACCUGCAUGUCUUACCACCCUUUGCCCCCUACUCUGCAUGUCUUACUACCCCACCACACCCCCCACCGCGGUCUUACUACUCCCACCACACCCCCACACUCAUGGUCUUACUACCCCACUACACCCCCACUCUAUGGUCUUACUACCCCUUUGCCCCUACUCUGCAUGUCUCUACCACCACCACACCCCCUACACCUCAUGGUCUUACUACCCCACCACACCCCCUACACUGCGUGUCUUACUACCCCACCACACCCCCUACACUGCGUGUCUUACUACCCCACCACACCCCCUACACUGCGUGUCUUACUACCCCACCACACCCCCUACUCUGCGUGUCUUACUACCCCUUUGCGCCUACUCUGCAUGUCUUACUACCCCUUUGCGCCUACUCUGCAUGUAUUUUUAUUAUAUCCCUUCUACACCGCAUGUAUUUUUUUUUUUAAAUCCCUUGUACAGUGCAUGUCUAAUGCCCCUCGCCCUACUGAUCCCCUGUGCACACUGCAUGCUUAAAACCCCUUAAGGACACAUGACAUGUGUGACAUGUCAUGAUUCCCUUUUAUUCCAGAAGUUUGGUCUUUAAGGGGCUAACUCAUGCACUCCCCACACUGUGCGAUUUCUUAAUGUGUGUAGCUCAGGAAAUCCUGGGAAAUUUUAUUAUUUCAGCCAUUUAAUAUUUGUUACUGUGCACCCCUCAGAUUGGGUAGUAUAGUACCCUGGCAUGAUAUGGAUUAUAAUCUACACUAAAAUACAGGUGGCCCCAUGCCAGGUGCCUGCUGGCAUUUAGAAGGGUUUAAUUUUGGUGCUUAUCAUGAAGAAAUUAGGAAAUCGACAGGAUUCUAUUAGUUUCCCCAGAAACGGGGUGGGGGGAGAACCUUGGGGAAACCUGUUACAAAUACCCCCUUAGUAUUUCUAUUCAGCUCACACACCCCCCUACAAUGUAUCCUGUGGCGAUCAUGGAGUAAAAGGGUGAUGGGGCUGGAACGGGGGUGGGGGGGGGCAGAGCUCCCCAACUCACAGAGGCUGAUUGCAGUCUGUGGCAUGGUUAAAUAGUUGGAAGCGGUGAUAUUAACAGUGUCUUGGCUUUAGGGUAACGCCUCACUUCAUAAGACCAGUGCUAGUGUGGGUUUUGGCAUUUAUGUAUUUUCUCCUUUUAAAACUCAUGGCUGUUAAACCUUUAUAAGACAUUGCAGAGAAUGGGCUACCCUAAAAUUAGUAUAGCUUUACAAGUCAUUAGUCAGACCAGUGUAAUUUGUAACUUCUAACCUGGUGGCCUCUUUAAUAUUGACGCGCCUUGGAGCAGUGUGUCAAGCCAGCAGUCUUGGUUUCCAGAUGGUUAUCUCUAAUUUAUGAGGAUUUCAUAGUUAUGGGGUUUGGAGUGUUCCUUUUAAUUUCGAGGCCUGCUCAGCGAUCCUGUAGUUCACAACCAUCUGCAGGGGUUGGGGUGGCUCUCUAUUUUGGUUAUUGCAGGAUGUCCAUUAAUUGGUCUGUAGGAACUGUCUCCUAUUGCUUUUUAAAUAAACAUCUGUGGUUGCCUACGUUCUGUCUAUCUGGACUUUUGUAGUAACUUGGUCAGCACUCUAGCAUUUAACGUGUUAAGUUGCAGUUGUUUCAUGGACUUAUUCACUAAAGUGAGAAUUCAAACGGAAUCUCAAAUGUAAAGCGGCACUGUCGGCACCAAAAUUUGCAAAGACCCUCGGCUGGGGGUCCAGUGGCCUGGUGGGGCAGGCAAAGGCGAGUUCUACAUACCUGAACCUGUCCUUCAUGGGUGCUGCUUCCGGUGGAUUUUCUUCAGCUGCUGUAGGUUAGAGUACAGCAUUAAGGUAUAUGGAGGAUCCAGCAAGACCACAGGAUCAUCCAUAGAGCCAAUUCCCUGCCGCUGUCACUGCUGAUGGCUUCGGGGAGGGGGGCAGGAUUGAAACUUCUGGACGCCAGUAGCUCCUGCCCAGUGGCUAGACGGGUCGGGAAAUAUUCCUAAUUAGAAAGUAUCUAUUGACAAAGUCCAACCCGGUCAUGAGUUUUUAUGAAAAAAAUAAAUUAAACAUUUUUAAAAAAAAAAUUUUUUUUUUUUUAAUUUAAGUCAAUAUUUCCAGGUCCGUGUUAGAAUUCUGUAUCUGCUCCUGUUAUAAUUUAGUGAACCAAAGGAUUUCCAGGAAAUUAAAUCCUGACUUCAGAACAUCUUAAUACAGCAGUUAAAAUGGCUGUGAAGACUACUUCCAUACUGUUUGUGCCAGUUUUGUUAAAAAUAGCAAAGCAUUAGAUGGAGAUUGCUUGUGUAUCUUUUUGGCCUCCACUCAUCAAUUUGGAUUUUCAUUUUACAAUUCGGAGUUCAAUGAAUAACUAUGUACAUGAAUUCCUGCUACGAAUGAGUACCAUAUGCAGGGGGUGUGGUUACUAUAUAAUCACCAAAGCAACUUUAGCUUAGUGAAGCAUUUUUUGGGUGUAUAGAUCACGCCUUGGAAAUUUCACUGUUCAAUUCUCUGCCAUUUCGGAGUUAAAUCACUUUUGUUUCUGUCCAACCAGCUCUAGCCACACCUCCCCUGGCUGUGACUGACACAGCCUGCAUGAAAACAAAAUGGUUUCACUUUCAGACUUCGCUUAUGUUAGAAGUGAAAAUUUAACUUUACAUACAGGAGGCUCCUGCAGGGUCUAGCAAGCUAUUAACAGAUCAGGAGUUUAGACAUUCUAAAUUAAACAAACUGUGCAAUAAAGGAAGUGUUUAUGAAGGCUGCGCAUGUUGCAUACAGGGAGGUAUGACUAGGGCUGUAUAAACACUGAUUUUUAACUCCUAAAUGGCAGAGAAUUGAGUCGUGAGACUACAGAACAAUUAUCUAUACACCAAAACUGCUUCAUUAAGCUAAAGUUGUUUUGUGGAUUAAAUGGUCCUUUAAUUUCACUGAAAUUCCAACCUUGUCAAAAGAUAUGCCAAGGCAACUUUAAGGGACUACUUUGUCUUAACCUUUUGUCAAGCACUGGAAAAUUGAGUUUAAUAUUGUCUUGCCCUCAGCCGUUACCACUGCUAGGCUUUGGGUGUAUGACCCUAGAAUAGCUGGCAUUACACCUACAAGACAUGUAUUCUCGGGAACUAAUACCACAAUGAUGUAUUCUAAUAACUUGUCUACGUCAAAGUGUAAGAUAAAUCGUCGGUUAAGUCUCCCACUUGCCGUUAGUCACGGCGAGUAAACAUAAAUCACUGGAAAGUAGUAGCACUCCAUGUCUGUGAUAUGGACCCCUCACUCGCAGUGCCAAGUAAAUUUUUUUUUUUUUUUUUUAAAGCCUGGUCAGUGCAGAACCACAGCUAAUUUACCUUGAUAUCACAAAUUCCAUAAUUCCUGCUUCUGGGCAGUCUCUCGUCAUUCAGAAUAUGAACCUGCAACAUUGUAUGUGACAAUCAACUGGAAGGUCUGAAGAACUGGAAUGGACAGUGUUUGGAAGCAAUUGAACUUUGUCAAGUGUUCCAUGUCUGGAUGUUAUUUCCAACUUGGGUUGAAGGGAUCAGGGAGGAGGUUUUUUAUUUAUUUUUUUCUUAAUUUUUAUUUUUUUAUUUUUUAAAUCUAACCUGUCAUCUUAGAAAUGUAGCUGUGGACAGGUCUUAAAAUGUUGGACUCCUCACCCUUAAUCCUCUUCCUAUAACUUGUCAGGGACCAGCAAGCUGAGCGUCAUGGGAGAUUUAGUAUAACUGUAUUUGCUCUAAUUAAUUUUUUUUUAUUUUCUAUUUUCCUCUGCUUACCUCAGUUUCUAUAUAGUAAUUUCAUAAAUAACAUUACAAAUCAUACAAUGCGAUACGGAUGUCUACAUCAGCAAAUGGGAUUUUAAGGAGAAUAAUUUUUUUUCCCUUCUGAUGUUUUUCGCUAGAACUAUCCUUUUUGAUCAAACCUGUUGUGAUUUAGCCAAUAAAUUGAGCCCAUCAUUCCAUAGAAUGGUUUGUGUUAAUAGAUUCUAGAAUUACUGAAUGCACAACUCCAGCAGAGCAAUGCUGAAUCUGUUCUGGUUCGUGGCUUUUUUUUUCUAUUAACGUUUCGUGUUUUCUAGAUUAAUCUCUAUAAAAACAAUCACGUAUUGCCAAUUUCUGGGUACUAUAGUAGAUAACAGAUUGUCUGAAUACAUAAACUGUAUCAAUCCGAUACACUUUUGGUUUCAUUAAAGGUUAAUGUUGAUAUAAAUUCUAUUUAAAAUAAAGAACACAUGUAAACUAGGUGGCAUGCAUAGUAGUAACUGAAUGUUAUUGAAGUGGUUAUGGUAUGCUAAUGUCACUAAAAUGCUGCUUAUGGUGCCAAGAAUGUCAUAAAGUCACUUAAAUAGUCCCGAAACUGCUGUGCCAUUGGACACCCUCUUAAAUGGAAGUAUCACUCUUUUUUCUCAUUUCAAAUGGUGUUUUUUUUUUUUUUGUUUUUUCUCCUUGGGUUUAAUUUGAAAAACUUCUAUAUUUUUCUAAUUUUGUUUUAGUUUAAGGGACGGAGUCCCUUAGAAUGCUGGAUAGGCCUUUACUGGCUGUUAAUGCAAUGAUUUACAUUGCAGGGUUAAUGGCAUAGGGGCACGGCACCCAUUCAACUUCAAUGUGAUGAAGUGGUGUAGGUGCAUAUAGUGUACCUAUAAUGUGCAGCUGAAUGUAGGACACUUGACAUCACCUUCUAGUGAUAUUGUGUCUGGCUCAUUGUGUUUCCCUAAUUUCUUGUUCAGAAUGGAAGUAGACAAGGAAUCAUGGUAAUUGGAAAUAAUUGGGGCAGGGUUCUCUUAAACUACUGUCCCAGUAUGACCUGUUUUGUUAGAAUUUAGUCUCUUGUUUACCUGUUUAGUGCUGUGGAAUAUGCAAUCGUUGCAAUUUAAAUGCCAUAAUAUCCAUCAAAUUCAAUGCUCUUUGCAGGAAAUGUUUAGUUGCAAGUCUGUUUAUCCAUUCUAAUCUUCCCUCCACUCAUGGUGCGUUGUGGCUAAUCAUAGAACUACUUUAGUGCUGAUAUUGCAAACCAAUAAUGAAGCUAUAAUGGCAUCAAAUAAAGUUUAUUGAAAACCUGUAACUUUAAAUCAGCGACAGCUGGAGCAGGAAUCUGGAUUAAUGUCUUCCACCUGUCUGGUGUUUGUGUUCUGCAUCUAAAUGCAAUCCAGAAAAAUCACCAAUGUUGUAUUGGAGAAAGGAGGUAGGGCACUGAAGGUUGUGGUGAAAUUAAUUUUAUUUUGAAUUUUUCUCAAAGAUUUAAGAAGCGGGGGCUGCAGGUAAGUAGUCAAACUGCACUAAAACUGUUUGGCUACUUACUCUGGUACAACGCCAGAGCCGCCCUGACACCAUAACCACUAUGAUCUGCAGUUGUUAUGGUGCUUGGAGUUUUACUUUGUCAGAGGACGUGUUCGCACUCAUUAAUGGAUGAUUCUGCGUAGAGCUAUCGUAUGAUCAGGUAGUUGAGACUUAAAUGGUUUGCGUUAACUUUAUAAUAUGUUGCAAUGUCUCAAGGAAACUUUUCCUGUGCUCUCCUACAUUUUCCCCAUUUCUCUACUCACGUCAGUUUUGUUUUGAUGGACACAGUACCUGAUAAAUAACAUGUUAACCCAUUGGUUCAGAAAACUGUCGUGUAUGAAGCCACUCCUUUGCCAACAUCCAUGUUUCCUAUUGUCUGCUGGAUACGUUACUUUGAAUCAAACUUGAUUCAUAACUGUUCCUAGUGUAUCUCCUUUCUUGGAUUUCACAUUGUCAUCUUGUGAUGGAAUGUCUGUCCUCCCCUGAGGUAUCGCCUCAUUCCAUUGUAUAAUCAUUCAGUAAAAUAAUGGUGCAAGAUGACCAUUACAAAAUAGCUACGGUGCAUGUCUCUCUAUAGAGUAAAUCUAAGUGCACACAUGCACUUGGAUAUUUUUCUGCAGAUAUCUGAGCAAGCGCAAGCCUGGGGGCACCAUGACACACUGCCGUUGCCCCCAAACAUGAAAGAGCAGCAGAGUGAAGUCUGGUUUUAUAGUGGACUCUGCUGCACUUGUCGCGCCAGUAAUAUUUUACUUGGGCAAUAUAGCCUAUAAAAUGUACUUUGUGGUGCACACGGCAGGCUCCCACAACUAAUGGAGAGGGCAGUAUCUGCAAGGUUUGCUACUUCAUACCAACGUGCUAAAAGCAUAAAAAAUUAAACCAACUUUAGCUUAAUGAAGCAGUUUUGGUGUAUAGAUCAUACACCAAGGAGCUAAAACGUUGUCUCCACUUCCUUGUUUCAACUAAAGAUUGACUUUUUUUUUUUUUUUUUUAGAAGAAACCAAAGGAGUGUCUGGAUUUUUAUUUUCAUUAAAUAGUUAUCCCUACAAAGCAAACUGCAGUGAGUUUAAAUCCUAAUUACAAAUACUGCUCGUGUGUGUGUGUGUGUGUGUGUGUGUGUGUAAAAGAAAUGUGAAACACAAAAUAUUACACUGUAAACCAGGGGAGCCUAAAACCACUAUGAUGACGUGCUAUGCGUUGGGUAGCUCAUCUGACUGAUUGCGGGCUCCCCUAGUUUGUUGUGCCAUAUAUUGUUACCAAUUUUUCGCUUUUUACAAUAAACCGUUAUCUGACAUACAUUAUAUGUUGCAGUGCUGUGUGAGUGUUUGGCCCCCAUUACAUUCCUGGUUAUAUCUUCUUACAGAUAGUGCUGAUCUGAGAGUGACUAUUUUAGCCUGAAUUUUCAAGUCUGUGUUCAAUUCACUAUUUAGUCAGUAACCCCCAUAUUGUAUUUGCAUGAGAGUUGCCCUGUGAGUAUAAAUUUAUUUUUCAUUCUUUACACCCAGGUAUGAGUGUUCUGGUCACCAGAAUAGGGAGCUUUAUUUAACCCCUUAAAUAAGCCAAAUGUACACGUUGUGAUCAAAACAAAAACUUGAAUUUGCGCUAUAUGUCUGUUCCGGCGUAAUGCACCUUUCAUAUUACUUGCACUCCCACUUAUUAAAUAUAAUUUUUAUUCAGGGGAAACAGGGCUUUCAUUUAACAUCAAAUAUUUAGGUAUGAAACAUUUAAUAUGAAUAAAAUACAAAAAAAAUAUGGGAGAAUAAGAAUGUAAUUUUUUUUGUUCUACGUGAUAUUUUAACUGUGAAUGUCAUACUGCUUGCUUUUACUGCAAUAAAAUACACAUUUGUAUUCAGCGAUGUCUCGUGUAAAACAGUACCCCCUAUGUACAGGUUUUAUGGUGUUUUGGGAAGUUACAGGGUCAAAUAUAGCAUGUUACACUUCUGUUUUUUUCACAUUGACAUUCGCCAGAUUGGUUAAGUCGGGGCUCGACAAAUCCCAGGCGCCAGAACGCCAAGGCGACUAGAAAUUUCGCUCUGGGGCUUGCCAGCUCUCUAGUGUGGGAGGUAGCUUUUACGCCGCCUGCGGCUACAUGGAGGCUGCCGCCCGCAGGAGAACUAUGGGCGGCACGCGAGGGAGCAGUACUCUGCCUGUAGCUCAUCUCUGCUCCCUUGCGCGGUCUAAUGUCGUCGGGAGCCGGAAUUACGUCAUUCCGGUCCCGGCAUCAUUACACAGUGCGAGGGAGCAGAGAGGAGCUACAGGCAGAGUACUGCUCCUUCGCACACAGGAAGAGUGCAGCCCCACUGGACCCCAGGAAAAAAUCCCUCAGCUCCCCCCAAAGGUAAGGAGGCUGAGUGGGUUUCAAUUCAAACAAAAAGUUUGUGUGUGUGAGCGAGAGCUUGUCAGUGUGUGAUUGCAAGCCUGUUGUCAGCAUGAAUGUGUAUGUGAGCCAGUCAGUGUGUGCAUGCGCGUUUAGGUACCUGCCCCCUACCAUCACAUGAGGAGGGUGUUUUUUUUGUUUUUUACUCCCCUUUCUUCCCAUUUUCUCACGGUGUACCAGUUUCGUCAUGGCUGAGAUGAUCAAUCUUUAUGAUCUCAGCUAAGCCAAUGCUUUUCCUUAGGAAAGCAUUGGGAGGAUUUUGUGCAUGCGCAGCAAAUGUACUAAUCCGCAUCUCUUCAUAGAGAUGCAUUACAUUAACCAAUCUCUAUGAGCUUGGAGACUCUGAACCUGGGUGCUGCUCGUGGUGCAGCAGUGACCCAGGACUCUCUAGUGACCGUCUGAGUGACUGUCAUUAGAGGUGUUAGCAGCAAUGUAAACUCUGCCUUUUAACAGAAAGGCAGUGUUUACACUGAAACGCCUUCAGGGACAGGCUAUAGACACCAGAACAACUACAUCAAGCUGGUGACUAUAGUGUCCCUUUAAGAAUUGCACUUUCUCGUUGAAAAUGACUGGCUCCUAUAUUCCAAACAAAUUUGUCAAGCCCUGGGUUAAGUUGCCUUUGAGACCGUAUGGUAGUCCGGGAAUGAGAAUGGGGUAUGUUCAGUCUUUUUUAGUACCACAAACACUGACCAAAGUUAAUGUUAAUAUUUGUGUGUGAAAAAUGCAAAAACAACUAAUUUGAACAAUUUUGGCCAGUGUUUGUGACUAAGUGGCUAAACAAAAAACUGGAAAUACCCCUUUUGCAAUACAUUGUGUUGUCUACUAUGGCAAAUGGUAUGUCAUGAUGGGGGUAAUUUUCAUUCCUGGGCUACCAUACGGUUUCAAAGGCAACUUAACCAAUCUGGCGAAUUUUAAUGCGAAAAAACUGAAACUUAUAUUUUACUCUAACUUUUGAAAACCCCAUAAAACCUGUACAUGAGGGGUAUUAUACUCUGGUGACUUCGUUGAACACAUAUUAGUGUUUCAAAACAGUAAAACGUAUCACAACAAUUAUAUCGUCUGUGUAAGUGCCAUUUGUGUGUGAAAAAUUUAUUAUGGUAUUUAUAUAGCGCCAUCAUAUUCUGCAGCGCUUUACAAUGGGUGGACGAACAGACAUGUAGUUAUAACUAGACAAGUUGGACACACAGGAACAGAGGGGUUGAGGGCCCUGCUCAAUGAGCUUACAUGCUAGAGGGAGUGGGGUAAAAUGACACAAAAAGGUAAGGAUAGUAUUAUAUUAGUGACCGUUGCAGAAGAGGAAUCAGUCAGGAGCUAUUAACAGUUUAAUUGAUACGCUUUUAUGAAGUGGGUUUUUAACGAUUUUUUUUUUAAAGGAGUGGAGAAUGGGUGAGCAUCUAACGGAGGAGGGAAGCGAGUUCCACAGGAACGGUGCAGCCCUCGAGGAAUCUUGAAGGCGAGCAUCAGAGGUGGGAGUACGGACACAAGAUAGAUGUAAGUCUUCAGCAGAUCGUAAGGGCCUAGACGGGACAUACUUGUGUGUAAGAAAGGAUAGAUAGGUGGAAGCAGAAUUAUGUAGCGAUUUGAAAGCAAGAACCAGAAUUUUAAAUUGAACUCUAGGAAGCCAAUGUAGGGACUGACAGAAGGGUGAGGCAUGGGAGGUGUGGGCGAACCAGAAGAUGAGCCUCGCCGCCGCAUUCAUUAUGGUCUGUAACGGCACAAGUUGGGAGUACGUAAGACCACUGAGAAGCGGAUUACAGUAGUCAAUGCGAGAAAGGACAGUGGAAUGAACCAACACCAUAGGGGCGGAUGCGCGCAAUGUUUUUGAGAUGGAAAUGACAGGAUUUGGCGAUAGAUUAAACAUGAGGUUUGAAGGAGAAGUCGGAGUCAAAUAGAACACCUAGGCAGCAAGCCUGCGUGGUGGAGCUGAUGGUAGCACCGUUGACUAGGAGGGAGACCGACACAGGAUUAACAACACUUGAGGGAGGAAAGACCAGAAUUUCAGUUUUGGUCGUUUAGUUUAAAGAUUAAAAAAAAAAUGCAUUAAAUUUCACUUUUACUGACUAUAUCAUCAUUGUAAUGCAUUUUACUGUUUUGUGUACAGGUUGUAUGGUGUCUUGGAAAGUUACAGGGUUAAAUAUAGUGCUAGCAAAUUAAAUUCCCUCUACUUUCGGCCUGGGUUGUCAGGCAGGUCCUGCAAACUGUAAUUAAUAAAAUUACCUAAUUAUGUAAAAUUACAUAAUUAUAUGUAGAAUUAUUAUAUAGAUAGGUGUAAUUUUAUUUAUGUGUGUGUGUAUGUAUAUGUGUAUAUGUUCGUGAGUGUGCAGCGGGGUCAGUAUAUGGAGGUGCCGGUGCGGAGAGCGGCUGCCUCUCCCCGGCUCCAUGGUAGGUAGGCUCCAUGCUGUGUUUGCGGGUUCCCGGUGGUUGAGUGUUCCUUUUUUUUAAUUCUUUAUUUUUCGUGCAGUAGAGUUUACAAACAAGCCUGUGGUGCCACGACAGCAGACACAGGCGGAUUGAUGCAGACAAGGUCGUGACAAUAUACAAUUGCACAUUUUUGUUAUAAGACAGGUUGUGUAAGUUAGUGAAGUCGUUGCGAUUAAAAUAAUUGUAUCGGCAAUUGUGAGACAUCGUAGGAAAGAGUGACUAAUAUACAGAGUAUAAACUACGCCGUUAAAUUACCAACAUGCUUGUGAACAUAUGCUGAACUAAAGGGUGUGAUAAUUCAAGCCUAGUCGCAUGCAUGGUCGGUUAUGAGCAUUUGCAUCCAGUUUAAAAGACAGAAUGCUUGAAAAGUUGUAACAAGUUAAGGCUGGCUGUGUCAUAGGAAAGAGACAUUUAAGAGUUAAUGAGAACUUUCUGAAGACCUGAGCGAUAACAUAACAAGAUAUGGCAAACUGCAGAGGCAAUAAACAUAAAAAAAAAAAAAAAAAAAGGAAUAAAUUUAAAUGUAAAUGCAAUCAACAUUAUAACACUCUGGUUUUUGUCUCUCUCUUUUUUUCCUUUUUUGUGUGAAAUCCUUUCGGGGUGUCGCAUGAGUGGAGUGGCCACUGGGCUGUGGGUCGUAAGAGUGGUACGGGUAGUAGGCAUUCCUGUGACCAGGUAUAUGCCCCUUCCCUCAGAGAGCGUUUAUGGAUUCUGUGCAUCUUUAAGGGUUAGGGAAGAGAUGGGGGGAGAGAGUGGCAGUAGUGAUGUCCGUAGGUGUCUGGACGGUCUUGUAUGGGAAGGUAUGCCUUCUGUGUAGGUCCUGGAUUGAACGGCUGUGCAACGUUAUUGCUCCGCUCAGUGCCCCUUCUAGUCAGGGACGCCUGCAGAAGACUGAAUGGGUGGGAGUGUGGCAGAGGUGAAAAAUGGAGCCAGAAAAUCAUACCAACGAAGUUUAAACAAUUAUAACGUGUGAGUCCAUCCUAUUGUCCUGAUGUCAGCAGGAUUGGUAGGGAAAAACAACUGGGCAAGUUCAGUGGGGAUCGUGGGUGGGGGCUCGGCAUCUGCCGGGGCUCGAUAACCCCUCACUUAGGUCACAGUUUCAGUAGACGUAGUGGGUCUCGCCGCUCGGGGUAUAAACUCCCUAACUGAGGCCAAGUCCACCUGUGACAGGUUCCCUCCUUCCGAGGUGUUACAUAGCGGUAUGUUCAGUGACCGCAGGUGUUCCUCCAGCUCCCGGUAGGUUUCUGCCCGGAGUGUGUUGUCUUGGGCCGCUAGGAGGACUGUGCGGGAGGGGCCCCAUCUGUACGGUACCUCAUUUGCACGUAGCUGCUGGAGUAGUGGUUUCAGGGACCGGCGCCACAGAAGUGUGUUCCUAGAGAGAUCUGGGAAGAGGUGCAGUGAGGCGCCCUCAAAGGUAAUGGGUGUCUUCCCCCUCAUCGCGGCUUGCACUAGGGCCCUAUCCUGUAGGGAACUGAAGCGGAGGAUGAGGUCCGGAGCCGUGGUUGCCGGUGCGCUGGCUGGCUUGGGGAGGCGGAACAUACCGUCCAGUUUCAGGCUUUUAGCUUGUUUCGGGGGUAGGUGGGCCGCCACGAAUCUCCUGAUAAAGUGUGGUAAGUCCGGCAGGCCCACCGUCUCCGGCACCCCCCUGAGUUUCAAGUUGUAUCUGCGCCUCUGAUCUUCCUGGGCGUCCAGUCUGCGAUCUAUCUGCAGCCUGUGCUGGUCCAGGGCCGCCAGACCUCUCUCCACCACGGUAAGCCGGCUCUCGUGUGUUUUGGGUGGUCUCGAGUUGGGCCACUUUAGUAGUCGUGUGUUCAACGGCUUUUCUGAGGGGGGCCAAGUCUCCCGCCAAGUUUGCGCGGAGUUCCGCCAGCAUCGCCUUGAGUUGCGCUGCAGUGACCGGAUCCCGGCCUGUUGUGGUCUCCAUUGGGGUAUGACCCUUCUGUGCAACCUGGGUGGUUCUGUCCAUCGGAGCUAUAGUCAUAUCUUCCGAUGAGUAUGAGGAGCCGUCGUCUGCCAGCGCCAUUUUGUCCCAUGCGGCCCUUUGUGAGCUCCGGAAUAGGUCCCCGAUAUCCCGGCCCGGCGGACUCCUGUCAGGCUUGGGUUUUUUAUUUUUGCGGCCCAUCCUCGGUCUAGUGUCCAGGGAGUUGGGUUUUGUGAGGUUGGGUGAUCCCUUGUCUGCAAUUAUAGCUCUUUUUAGGCAGUUUCGAGCGGAGCGCAGCGAGCUUGCGACCGUCCAGGUUCACCGCUAUGCUCCGCCCCCCGAGUGUUCCGUUUUUGAUCUCUAUCUGUUCCCCCGGGUGUCCCCUUCCAGGCGAUGUGCAUGCCACUUUUCUGGGGUUUUACCCCUUGAUUUAAAGAUUUGUGCCAGGAACUGAUAGAUGGCACGUCCAUUCAGCCUGAAAGCUAGGCUCUGCCCCCUAUUCUGAUAUUUUAAACUUAUUGAUGAAUAUGCUAAAGUGGUGUUAUUGAAAUCUCAAACUGCAUUUUACAACACAUCCCCUCAUUCCCCUACCGAAUCUGUCUGCAGUAGAAGAGGGGGUUUAUUACCCCCAUAAAUUGAUAGAAUGUAUAUUUAUCUUGUAUGCUGUGAAAAGAUCUGACAAAUGUCAAAUUUAUAAUAGUUUAUUUUUGUCUCACACCCACUAAGUCAUGUGAUCUGACUUUAAUAUGUAAAUAAAGGAAUGCCAUGGUCUACUUGAGUCUUAUGGCUUCGUCGCUCAUAAGUGGAAGUUUUUAAUACAUUACUAAAUUACUGUCCUCUUGUGUUUUGGUGUCUGUGUAGGUUUUUGUUUUUUAAUUUAACAAGACAGAGAUGAACACGCAAGUAUUCCUGACUAUAGUGUUAAAACCAAAGUCUAGCCCCCCUGAAUACAGUAAAAUCUUACCUAUUUAUUCCAGUCAAAAAUGGGUCGCAAGAGAAUACUGAGGACGGGCAGCAGCUGAAAUAGCCUGCCCUUCAGUCGGUCCCCGCUCAGUUCCCAAGCUGAUUUUUGCUCAUCUUGUGCCAUUACAGAGAGAACAUAUCUGAAGCACAUCAGACUGGUCCCACCCAUACAGGCAGUCCAGAUCCAAAAUGCCAGCAAAUUCUCUCUGCACGAGAGAUACAGCAACCCCAGAUGAUCAUUUCAGCCUUGUAAGGCAUCAUCAGUGAGGCAUAGCUGAUAUCUCCCUAGGCACCGUGAGCAAGGGGUCCACGUCUGGAUUAUCCCUUUAAACUUGUGGAGAGUCAAAAAUGGGUCGCAAGAGAAUAGUCUGGGGUUGCUGUAUCUCUCGUGCAGAGAGAACUUGCUGGCAUUUCGGAUCUGGACUGCCCGUAUGGGUGGGACCAGUCUGAUAUGCUUCAGAUAUGUUCUCUCUGUAAUAACCACCAACAAAACCAGAAAACCACCUCCCUUAUGUGCAUUCUUGCAAGCCAUUUUCAGCUCUAGCAGUGAGGAUUCUAGAGUAAUGACCCUCUCCUGCAUCUAAAUGGGUGUUUUUGGUGGUGGGGUUCACUGUAACACCUAAUAGUUGGAUAGCACAUGUAUACUGCUAUUACUGAUGUCAGGGGGCCAACUCCUCAGACAGUCACAAAAUGCAAGGAUUGAGACCAAAUUUCUGUCUUCUCCUGCACAGCAGAUAACGUCACAGAAACUUAAAUAAAAUGUUAUAUGUUGGAAUGUUAAAAAUUUCUCUGAAUAGUCAACUGUUAGAGCCAAAACAUUUAUUUAUUAUUAUUUAUGUGAGUGACACUGAGGGGAAAAUAAAGAUGCUGUACUCUUAGCAUUUUUAAAAUGGGGAAAGUCACAUGCUUAUAGAAAAAUGUUUGUAUAAAUACCAGUAUGUAGGCAAUCCUCCCUAUUUGGCAAUCAGGAAGCAUAUUUGAGACCAUUCUUGUUCUUUCUCUGCUUUGAAUGAGAGAAGCACUUUCUAAUGUAUCACGUGUGAGAACACACACAGAUCAGGUGUACUCUGGCCUACUGUACAUAUCGGCACCGACCAAUACAACGCUUUACAUUUAGCUGUUAGCUUCCUGUUAAAGGUCAAGGUGAUGGCUACUGCAGGGUUCAAUGGGCUAAAUGGAUAUUUUAUCGUACUUUAUGGUUUUAACAUGUGGUAUGUAUCUAGUAAGUGAUGACAUGGAAACCAGUGUAGAUAUACAAAUCCUAAACACAAAUCCAGAUUGGAUAAGGCAUAAGCAAUCUCACUAGCACCCCUGGUUGUUUCCCAGCAAUCUUGACAGACCCGACACAUAAUCGCCAUUGACAAUGUCAGUCACCCCUUCUGGAGAGUAAUGAUGGGCGCUUUAAUCUGUUUGAUUUUAUAUAUUUUAUUUUAUUUUUUACCUUCCUUGCAUGUGGGAAGAACAAAGGGUAUGACCUCUUGGUGGCUCUCAGCCUAGGUAGGCAUAACCUUUUGGAUGGAGGUAUAGGAAGCUGCCUCUUUGCCCUGCAUCGGUCCUCGAGGCCUCUGACAUCUAUCACUGAUUUCCAGCUAAAUGUAACUGAUGACUAUAGAGGUGCUCUGUGGCUUAUUUGAGUCCAGAACUUCACACCAUGGGUCAUAUCUUGUGGUGGUUUCCUAGAUGUAGGCCUGUUAUUUGGCUGAUUACAAUAAUUAUUUAACGAGUAUUUUGAUUUCUCUGUGGCGCUCGCUUGAAAAGCUGCUAGCCAGCAUGGCUGUCGCACCCUGACCCCAUGGGUGUUGCACUUUAAAACCUGGUCCAUUUUAUGGCUCCCAUGGACAGUAUCUGUUCUCUAGUUUUGGAAUGCAGCUUGGCUCCCUUGUUGCAGGGAAAGUGUUAAACCAUAUUCAUUCCAUAGAAAUAGCCAGUUGCUGUAAGCAGGGAGGGAAUCUGUUUAAUAUUCUGUAGCCUGUGCUCCGGAUCUCUGGGCCCCCUCUCGCUCUGUUUUCUGGCAGACAUUCAUAGACCGGAUAUAACUCAAGAACAAGGGGGAUUUACUCAACUCUUGCUCUCAAUCCUGUCCAGGCUGCAAAGCAUCAUGGAAGGUUGUUUGCAGCCAUAGUUUAAGGGGGGUUAGAUGACAAAUAAGGGGGAACGUCAUGGAAACUGGAUGCAAACGGGCGCUGUGAUGUAACGAGGCGCACUUGGCAAUGAUGAAUGGACGGUCGUGGCUAGCUGCAAAGCUUUAGCCAGGGGCCUAUUUACUCUCAACCCUGCACUUAUUCUUUCAAAAGUUGUAUUUUAAUUAUCAUAUUUUUGAAGCAAUUUAAUGAUUUUAAUUCUUGCCUGAAUUAUGGAGAAUAUGAAGCAUGUUAAAACAACCCUUUUUUACUUUUUUUUUUUUUUUAAUUAGGUUUUUAUCUUAUACGUGUAGAAAAUAGUACAUUGAUCACAUAGUGAGGUUGUGCUAAAUACUUGUUCUCUCUUGUUUUUUGAAUUGUGACUUUAAAAUUACUUUAAAUGAGCACUAUGGUGCCAGGAAAACAAAAGGGGGUUAAAACCCCGUCAGCCACUUACAUUUCUCCAGCACUGGGCUCCCUCUGUGCUGGGGAACUCUCCACCCCCUGCUGAUGACAAGAGCCGCGCGCGUAUUCAAACCGCCUAUAGGAAAGCAUUACUCCAUGCUUUCCUAUGGAAGUCAGCAUCUUCUCACUAUGAUUUUCACAGUGAGAAUCGUGUAAACACCUCUAGCAGCGGUCAGUGAGUCAGCCACUAGAGGCUGGAUUAACCCUCAGUGAAACAUAGCAUUCAGCUGCAGGGUUACUCCUAGAUGGACCUGGCAACCAGACCACUUCAUUGAGCUGAAGUGGUCUGGGUGCCUAUAAUGGUGCUGAUGGAUAUGAGUCUGUAUAAAUUAAUGCAUUGUUUCUCUGCAGAUGCAAGGCACACUCGAGCUGCCUGGCAUCACUGGGUGGUCAUCCUGCAAAGUGUUUUAAUGUCCUUGCUUCCAUUGCCCAUUUGGGUUCACUACUUGACUCCAUUGCACUCAUGUCAGUGUAUGCUUUAAUAGCACUUACUGGGGUGAAGGAUUGGAGAAUUGUAACUCAAUAAAAGUGACUGUUCCUCUCUAGCCCAACACAGUCUGUUUAAAUGAACACCUAAAUACCGAUUCGCUAUGGUAAUUUGUGGCAGAUAACUACUUGUUAGAACCAAGAUUUCUUAUUUCACCCCUCCCCCCCAAGUGACUUGCACCUUAAACACAAGGGAAAAAUCUCUUCAUUAAAGUGCUUGUUAUCUCUGGAAGAUGGUAACAUUGCAGCAGUGUAUGAGGUACGUGAGCGAAACAAAAUGUCCUGUUUGGUAUUAACUUGUGUUGCAAUGCCACUGGGAUUUCUGUGUUGGUGUUGUCACAAUCCAGUGACCUUCUUGGCAUGACUAUCUUCCCUUACCAGUGGUUAUGGUAAGCUGAAGCAGUGUCAGCAAUUCCUUGUAUUGUUAAAUGCUUUACACCCAGAUAACUCUUGGGCCACUUUGGAGAAGCGUAUGUGCAAGGAGUGAGGGUGCACGGCUCAGAGCUGGGGGGUUAAAUAAAUAUACAAAAAACUUGCAGAUAUAUGAAAUACUGGUUUACACGGGGAAGAUUAAUCUGACAUUUCCAAAACCUCUUUAAAGGCACAGAAUUUCCCAUAAAUGUAACCGUUUCAUAUAUAGUUUAAAGAACUCUUUUUGAUUGGUGAGAGGUUCCAAUUCCUUUACUAAAAAAACACUACUGCAGCGUAAUAAAGGUAUGUAUAAAUCACUUGCCUCUGCAGCACUUCUAGGUUUAGAGGACAAUCGUCACCCUAUGUCACGGUUAUAUUCAUGCACACCAGGACAUUUGCUCGCAAAGUGCGUCUCACAGUGACAUUACAGUACACUAAAGACAAGACUACUUCAUCUCGGUGAAUGGACCGCAGCUAGAGGCACUUUAAUAACAGGCACUCAGCUCUUCACUGAAAUGCUGUUAAUGGAGGUCAUUUAAUUGGCUCUGCAGCAUCUUUUUAUGCAUGCGCACUAGCCUUCCAAUAGACUGGCUGAGGAUGGAGACCAGGGUACCUGGGGAGCAAAGAUGAUUUCUUUACUCUCCCCAAUUGGGGGAGGCAAGCUAGAACUAGUUACUAUUAAACUAGUGUUAGGAAUAAGUGUAUAGUGCUUCUUUAAGGGGGAUGCAUAACUUUAAGACAACUGCCUCACUCUGCAUACACUGCAGGGAGCAAAGUUUCUUGCCUGGUCCUAGUGCUGUAAUAGUGUGCUCAUCUAUUAAUGCACUCCUACUAUGAAUGUUGGACAGUUCCCUGGUAUCUUCAAAAUUGUGAAACCAGGAAACUGAGGCGGAAUGGGAAAACCAGGGCUGUCCUGCCAAAUUUAGGAUGGUUGGGAGGCAUGUGAUUUAUAGGAAUAAAAAAAAGUUUUCUUGCAUUAUUUUGGUUUAGAAUUUUUGUUGUGCAAUGAUACGAACACAUGUGUUAACAUAUAGAGUAAUCAUGGGCAUUGGUGAGACUAUGAAAUUGCAUAGUCCUUUUAAUAGUAGUAAAUAAUAAAGAUAAACUAUGAAUGUAAGAGCAGAAUCCCAACAAGAUGUGCAGGUUUAGGCUGGGUAUACAUGAGUAGACACCAAUAGUGGACUAUGGUAUGCUGAGAUGUGUUAAAAGGUACAAAGCACGAUAGCCCGAUUAUGCACAUGUCAGGAUGGUUAGUCAUUGUGUAUAAAAUUGAACAUGAGGGAACUGCCUAAAUUAAGAAACUAUGAGUCCACCACUAUACUAUAUAUAAUCGUGGGCUCUGAUGUGGACGUAAGCUUAUGCACUGUUCCCUGGUGGGUCACAUUCAGGGACCUCAAUCUGUAGGUCAGUCCAGCAUCUUUCAGUCGGCUGGUCAGAGUUCAUGGAUCUUUUCCAUUAACCCCUUAAGGACACAUGACAUGUGUGACAUGUCAUGAUUCCCUUUUAUUCCAGAAGUUUGGUCCUUAAGGGGUUAAAGUGUCAUUCUGGUAAGGUCGUUUGAAAACUACUCUCCUGUUCUAAAAUGAGUGGUGUUUUUGCCACAUACUGCAGCCAUUAUAUGGCUCUUGUCCUGAAGGGAAGCACAGCGGAUGAUGGUGUCCUGUGUGACCAUUAGGAGGGGCAGUUGGGGAUCUCACUAAGUGGUAUACCCCAUCAAGUGCCAGCUUUCUGGCCAGCUGUGGAGGGUAAUAUGAUGGCCAUAAGGCAUCUCAGGAGGUGUGGCAAUUCUUUCUCCUUUUUACAGGAGUUUGCCAUGCCUCCUGCCCAGACAAAGGACCUGGUGAAAUAUAAUGUUAAAGGAUCACUAUAGUGUCAGGAAAACAAACUCCUUUUUCUGACACUAGAUUAUCCUUAGGACCCCCCUCAUUUGGCACUGAAGAGGUUAAAACCUCUUCUGUUACUUAAAUCCAGCACCGUACUCCCUCGACGCUGGUGACCUCUUCUCCCUAGUGGAGUGGCAUGCAUGGCAAGAGCCGCACGCGCAUUCAAACAGUCCAUAGGAAAGCAUUUCUUAAUGCUUUCCUAUGGACGUUCUGCACGCUGGAUUUUCACAUCCAGCGUCGCAGAAGUGGCUGACUGGAAGACAGCCACUAGAGGCUGGAUUAACCCUGCAAUAUAAACAUAGCCGUUUUUCUGAAACUGCUAUGUUUACAUCUGAAGGGUUAAAACCUGGGGACCUGGCACCCAGACCACUUCAUUGAGCUGAAGUUGACUGGGUGACUAUAUAGUGUCUGUGCCUUUUUGGAUGUAUAUGGCCACACUUCGAAUUACCGAACAACUGCACGAACCAGAGACCACCCUGGAGCUUGUUAACACCUAUUAACAACUUGGAACCUUUCUUACCGCAGUGUUCUAAUUGUUCAUCUGGGUGGCCACUAGGUGGUGGCCAUCUUGUUCACAUGAACGCAGGCAGCAGUGUUUGGGCAUGAAUCUCAUGGAACUAAAAUCUGAUCAAGAAACUCCCGGACACCUCUGGACUUACAUCAUAGCCUGCGUUCGAUUCUAUUCAACUUAAAAGGGCACUGUUCAGUGAGAUCAUUUGUUUGGAUAAGGGGAACUAGCUCCAGGGUAAGACGAUUGACUCUGUUCAGUAGUUUUAGUUUUCAAACUACCGAACUAGACUGACUGCAAGCCCUGAUUUUCUGGAACUGUUUUUUUUUUUUUUUCAGGAAAUUCCUGAAUUGAUCUGGGUGGUGUGUGGGUUGUGUGUGUGUGGGGGUUUUUUUUUUUUUGUCAACCAGAUCAGGGCUAUCAGGGGAUGCAACCUUUGUGGGGUUUUAUGUAUUUUUAGGGUACUUUUGGGACUUUAUAGAAAUGUGUUAUACUGUUCUUGGAGAUAAUUGGAUUAGAAUUAGUACAGUUACUUAUCCAGGGAUGCCCCUGAUUUUAAAAUGAGCCCAGCGGCAACAUCCCUCCAUAGCUGAUAUUUGGGCCGUUGGGUGGAUUCAACCUGUCUGAGGGAGUCCCGCAUAUUGGACAUAUCUUCCUUAAGAUCCACGAUCUCCUCCUCGGGGGGCCUGGACCCAGUCGGUGAUCGCCUUGACGUCUUUCUUAAGCAGUUCAAUAUCCACCCCAAGCAUUGAUUAUUUAUUUUAUUUAUUUUUUUUUUUUUUUCUGUCCAGGAGGAAUUGUUGGAUAUCCUGCUUGGUGGCUAAUUCUACUCCUUCCUGGAGUGUGAAGGGGGUGGUAGGUAGCAUGUCCGUGGGCUGCUGUGGUGUUUCCAAUACCUUCACAGGACUGUUCAAGCCAGAUAUGCCAGGGCCCUCUGUGGGCUGUGGUGGCUGUUUUAAGAGUCCCUGGUCUGUUGUGAUACCAGCUGGAUGUCUCUGUGAACAUCGCCCCAUAAUCAGAUGUCUCUGUGAACAUCGCCCCAUCAUAACCAUCACUUACUGAUCAAUAAAGCCUUUAUUACAAUAUAUUUCUGCAGUAAAGGGACACCAGUCACCAAAACAACUUUAGCUUAAUUAAGUGGCUUUUGUGUGUACAUCAUGCUCCUGCAGUCUCACUGCUCAAUUCUCUUCAUUUUCAAUCAGAUGUAACUAAAACUUUUAAUCUCCUGUUCUGUAAAGUGAACUUUAAUUGCAUACAGGAGGCUGCUGCAGGGUCUAGCCUGCUAUGAACAGAGCAGGAGAUAAAUUUAUAUAUUAAAGGGACACUGUAGGCACCCAGACCUCUUCAGCUCAUUGAAGUGGUCUGGGUGCUGUGUCCCUUUUUGCAUCUAGUGGUUAUCAGACAGCCACUAGAGUGCCUCUGGUAUCUUAAUGGACUUUUGGUACGUUAUCUGACGCUUGACGUUCUGCAUGAGGACCUCAGCGUCCUACUUUUCCCCAUAGGAAAACCUUCAAUGCGCAUGUGCAUUAGACCCUGCUUGUCACAUGGUUCAGGACGGGACAGAGCUUCGACCCAGCGCCAAGGGACAUCAGCGCUGUGUUCAGGUAAGUAAUUGGGUUUUUAAUCCUUUAUUUACCGGGGGCAGGCAGAGGAAUCACUAGUGCCAGGAAUACAGCCAGGGGCGUUUUAGCCACAAAAAACGCCGCCCCCAAAUGCCCAGGGCAAAUGCCUUGUUAGCCUUGCGGCUAACAGACAUGCCGAGCAGGCGGCGCUGGGUGGGCGGCUGGCGAGGGAGCUCUUCCUCUGAGCGGUCUGCUCAGCUCCCUUGCGCGCCGCAGAGUGAGGCUGGGAGCCGGAAUAUGACGUCAUCUUCCGGCUCCCAGCCUCACUCUGCGGCGCGCGAGGGAUCUGAGCGACAGCUCAGAGGAAGAGCUCCCUCGCCAGCAGCCUGCCCAGCCCAGCACCGCCCGCAGCCACUGGACCACCAGGGAGAUAGAGGAACCCCCCCCCCCAGCAUUCCCAAAGGGGGGAGGAGGGUAAAUAAUAAAAAAAAAGUGUUAAUGUGUGAGUGUGUGUGGGGGGGGAGGGGGGGGGGCGCUGAGUUUUGUCCUGCCUAGGGCAGCACAAAACCAGGAUACACCGCUGAAUACAGCAUUGUGUUCCUGGCACUACAUUAUUCCUUUAAACUGCAAUAAAGUAAGUAUAAACAUUACAUUUCAUUUUACAGGAAGUGUUUAGGAAGGCUGUGCAAGUCACAAGCAGGGAGGUGUGACUAGGGUUCAUAAACAAAGGGAUUUAACUCCUAAAUGGCAGAGGAUUGAGCAGUGAGGCUGCAGGGGCAUGUUCUAUACACCAAAACUGCUUCAUUAAGCUAGUUUGGUGACUAUAGCAGUGUACAUUAAAAGCCGAAAAUAUGUAACAAUCUCUAAGUUCCACUAUUUGCAGCUUUUGCAGAGUGAAAUCCCACAAGAUCAGUAGUAAUUAUAUUGUCUUGUAUUCAGUGUAAACCCAAUGCCUUGUAUUAUAAAAGCAGUGCAAAGUCUAACUUACAGAAAUCUUAUCUCUGGGGCUCAGCACUUGGUGUAGGUGUUUUUAUUUCUGAAACCACGAUAUGAGAGAUUACACAAACUACUAGUGGGUAGUUAAUUGUGCUCUAAUAAAAAUCGCCAGGACUUGGUUUAGAAUGGUUUCUAUUUGAAAUUUCAUUGAUAAAGUGAAACCGUGUCUGCCUACAGCAUUAAAACAUGAAGAAUCAAAAAUUCUGUUUAAAUUGUUUGUGUCAAUGAGAUACUAAAUAGAAACGGUGCUGGCAUGUGUCAAGCCAUAAGACUUUCUUUUGCCACAGAAAUCACAAAUCUGCAGUGAUGUUACUACUGCAAAGGAUUCUGGGUAGGCAUAUGCAAAUUAGUUUAACAAAGAACCACAUUUGUGCCUCAUUCCAUUUUAAACAUUGAUUCCUUUUCAGUCUGUAGAUCUGAUUUCUGUGGGUAAAGCAAGUCUUGUGGCUUGACUGGUGUGCAGAUUUUUGUUUAACAUUGUAUUAACUAUCCAGACAUUAGGAGGUCUUCAAUCACAACUUUGUCCCCACCAUAACCUUUAGUAUGAUUUUAAUUUUUUUUUUAUAGCGUACAAUUAAAGGACCAUUAUAGUGCCAGGAAAACAUACUCGUUUUCCUGGCACUAUAGUGCCCUGAGGGUGCCCCCACCCUCAGGGUCCCCCUCCAGCCCGGCUCUGGAAGGGGGAAAGGGGUUAAAACUUACCUUUUUCCAGCGCUGGGUGGGGAGCUCUCCGCCUCCGAUCCUCCCCGCCGGCUGAAUGCGCACGCGCGGCAAGAGCUGUGCGCGCAUUCAGCCGGUCGCAUAGGAAAACAUUAUCAAUGCUUUCCUAUGGACGCUUGCGUGUUCUCACUGUGAUUUUCACAGUGAGAAUCACGCAAGCGCCUCUAGGGGAAAUAGGGGAAGGCUUAACCCAUUCAUAAACAUAGCAGCUUCUCUGAAACUGCUUUGUUUAUGAAAAAAUGGGUUAACCCUAGCUGGACCUGGCACCCAGAUCACCUCAUUAAGCUGAAGUGGUCUGGGUGCCUAGAGUGGUUCUUUAACUGUCCACUUGUAGUAUGUGUAAUAUCUAAGGUGACCGCAUAGGUGUCUAUUUAUAACCGUGCUAAGUUACAAAGAUAAAACCCAACUAUGUGUGAGACAUUACUUUGCGCUGGUUUCAGAAUGUAUCGGGUUCACGUUCUAUAGAAGAACAUAUCCCGGACUGGUCAAAGUGACAAUUCAAAUUGAAUAUCACCUUGAAUUCUCACUUUAGUGAGUCUCUCUGAUAGUUGGUAAGGAUGUAUAACAAUUUCUGUAGUUUACUCUGUAUGUAAUGUAACUCUAGCAUGUAAAUUAACUUCACUUCCAUGGUGCCAUGCUUUCAGGGCAUGAUUGUGAAUGUUACUGUAGAAGGAAUGACCAGACUGGCAGUUGUUUGCAGAUGCCUUGGAAUUUGGAAGCUAAAAACUCUCCCCUUGGGUGGGAGUUUUUUUUUUUCUUUUACAGAUGGCGAAAGGAGUUUUCUGCUCGUCGUCCCUCUGCAUUUUGGGCUUGUGAAAAUUGAAACCUGAUUGGCUGCUAUAAUUUUCACAAUGUUUAAAAAUGGAUUGUAACUUUCUGAUUGACUGGAAUACUCUUUUUUUUUUUUUUCAAUUUGUGUAAAUACAUAUUAUUUUCAUAAUAUUGUCGCUCUGGUGUUCGAGGCUCAGUCUACACUGUAAACUGGCAAUGUGUGCCUGCAGCUAGUAAUCUAUGCACCGCGGUAACAUGUCAUAAAAGACGUAGCUGCCACUUUGCCUAAUUGCUUGACAUCUUUAUGUGUGAGCAGCUGCUCUGGAAGCGGUGAAUUGUGCUGCAAAAAUUAAAAUAAAUCUUAUUAGGCCUGUAAGGAUAAAGGUGUGAUGAUCCUCUGUAAUCUCUAAAGAAUAUCCUAAUCCCAAACCAUGCCAAAGUCCACUGGCAGACAUGUAGCUCCUGCUGGGGAUAGACUAACAAAUUGCAAACGUUAAAAGGGAGCUGUCACUGCCAAGAAUCCUAAUAUUCUGUUUACUUAUCCCUUAUUUAACAAAUCUCUGAGAUGUGGAAAAAGAAAAUUAAAUGUUUUAACUCCCCUUGCCCCCAUGCAACGGUUUGCCUCCAUUCCGGUCAGAAAACAGGAGAAAUUAAACAGUUUCUCUUGCUCCUCUUUAAUGUUUGCCCUGUGAUGGCUUGUUUUGAACUGGAUUGUAACUUGCUAAAUGUUUAAAGGGUUACCUUCCCAAAACAAUUUAUAUAAGAUUUCCGGUCCGGAUUUUCACGGCACUGAACAUCCUCAUGCAAAGUGAGGAUGUCCUGUUACUUACUGGUUUGUUUUGCUCAGUGAAGCUAAACUCAAGAGACAAAAAUUGCUCAGAUCACCUGCCUUGCAAAAACUUCUCACUGAGCUGCAUUGGGAAGUCUGUGAUUGGACAGCCACAGAAAGUCUGGGUGGGGCUAGAAGGGGAGGGCUUGCAAAGGCUGCAGGCAAGAGGACUGCAUGUUUUUAAACUGCAAUUAACAAAUUAAUUCUUGAUUCCAUUAGGGGUAUAUCCAGGGCCGGACUAGGGGAAAAAAUUCAGCCCGGGCAUUUUUCAAUCCCAGCAGCUGGGAUUGAAAAAUGUCCGGGCUGAAUUUUUUCCCCUAGUCCGGCCCUGGAUAUACCCCUAAUGGAAACAAGAAUUAUUUUAUUUUUUUUAAAAUAUAUUAAGUCAUAUUCCUGGGGGAGAGGUAACCGCAGCAACGCUCAGAAUCCUGACGCCCAAGCAGGGCCGGUGCUUGGAUAGCAUGGACCAGCAAGAUCCUGUGAUCUCCCCUGCUGCCCAUGGCCAUCGAGGCCCACCGGGCCCUACCAUAUAGCUAUUAAAAAAAAUAAAAAAAAUUUUUUUUUUAAUUUUUGUCUGAGCAGUGUAGUGUCUUAGUGGUGACCUUGUAGUCCAACAGUUAAGUAGCUGUUAACUGAUCAGUGUUUUCUUCACAGGUGCCCAUAACUCCUCUUCCAAGAAACCACGCAGCCGUAGCAUCUUCCAUUCCCUAUUUUGUUGUCUGUGUCGUGAGGAUACAGAGACUCUUCCUGUCAACAACAAUGCACCUCUCCUGGGGGAGGAGAACGGGUCUGUCCCCAAGGUAGGUAACCAUUGAGGGUGAGCUGGGUUUAUCUGCGCUAGUUAAGAAAUGCAUUUCUUAAUCCUUUAACAUUGUGCCAUUACAUCCUGGGUUUAACAAAGUUGGGGCUUAGUGACAUGUCUUAACUCUUUGGUGUGAGCAGGACUAAAUUCCUGCACUCACCAGGGAGACCCACUUAGCCAUGUUGGCAUGGGCCAUUUUAGACUGACCUAUUGGUUGUAUGCUGCAUACAGCCUUCUAAAUGUGCAUUUAAAUGUCCUGCAGCACAACUUGGUGUGAGCAGGAGUAAAGGACCAGCAAGCAAAGUGCAUUAUGGGUGUUGGAAUGAAGUGCUCUGUAUGGAAUAUCUAAUUUUACUGACUGUUAACAUACUAAUUUUCUAUGACAAUUCUUUACUUUUUAUAAAUCCAUUUCAAACACCUCCCUGGCUGUCAAAGAGCUAGGGCAGUUUUCUUAAUUUUCUUGGCUACACUGAGCUAUAGGGAUUUGCAUGCACCUUCACCCACAAGUGCAAAGGUACAAAAAUAUAUUGGUUUUUAGUUUGGAUAGCAAGUCUCUUAAAGUACAGAUUUGUCUUCAGAACUGGGUACCUCCAUUGUAGAGCAGAAAGGACCUGCAGAGAUACAGUGGCACCAAGACCUUAAAAUGCCAAUUGGGACUGAAAUGCAACUGCUGCCAUCUAGGGGCAUGUUGCAUGUACUGCACCAAAUAUUCAGUACAGCGCAACUAACUCUUUUUUAAAUGUAUUUAUUUAUUUAUUUUUACUCAAACUACAAAAUGGCCACAAUGUUACACACUUUUUUUUUUUUUUUUUAAGGGGCACUGCGGUCACACUCGGGAGGUGCGAUGCGUAGUUUAGGUUACACUUAGUUAUGCUGGAUGAGUUCUUAUUAAUCUUGAUUUAUUAUUGACAUUUAUAAAGCGCCAACAAAUUCCGCAGCGCUGUACAAUUAGGGGGGAAAAGACAAACCCAAUAAGAACAGACAGAUACAACAGGUAGAAGGCCCUGCCACAAUCUAAAGGUUGAAAUGUGGGUAUGAGACCAGAGGUAGCAGAGGAAUUUGUAUGUGAUGGCAGAGAGCGUUAAUGGUAUAACUGCAGCAGCUGGUAACGUGAAGGUAAUAGGGAGGUGAUUGGUGUGGUUCCAAACAGCUGGAGAUGCAUCCUAUAUAGUUAGAAGGAACCAGGGUGGGUGGGUAGAGCAGAGUAAAAUUAAAUGGCCUUCAUGUUGCAGGGAUGGAUGGUUUGGGUCUAAGGAAGAGAGAUGAGACUGUUAAUUUACUUUAAAGGCAUUUACAACUGGGAGUGGCAAGCAGUGUGUGUGUGUGGGGUGGGGGGGCGUGGAGAGGGGAGAGAAUGGAGCAGGCCAGCCAUUUGUUAUAAACAAAUAUUUACUAACCAAAAUUCUAUCAGCCAGAUCAUUAACUACAUGUAACUGUACAAAAUUACAGUAGUAGACUACAUGUAACAAUGGUAGCAUCAUUAUAGUAAAAUAAUAAUUUAGUAACAAAAUGAAAGUCCAGUUGAAAAUCUUCUGCAUCUGUUUGUACCUCUUUAAAGCUGCAGUGUUCAAAAUUAAAUGGCCUUUAUGUUGCAGGAAUGGAUGGUUAUUUAUGCUUUCUGACCUGUAGAUUCUUAUUAAAAUAUUUCAAAACCUGUUAAUUUUUAUUCUUUUUACAUGGUUUUUAUAAAUUGGUUUAACUUUAACAUGUAUUCAAAAAUAAAGGAUGUUAUAGGAGCAUGGCUACUCUCCCUAUAAAUCUGAUCUAAAAUAGAAUGAUUUUGACUAGAAAGUGGUCAUUCUUCAGGAGGUCUUCAAUCACAACUUUGUCCCCACCAUAACCUUUAGUAUGAUUUUAAUUUUUUUAUAGCGUACAAUUAAAGGGUCACCCUCCCGCCCGGCUCUGGAAGGGGGAAAGGGGUUAAAACCUACCUUUUUUCCAGCACCGGGCGGGGAGCUCUCCUCCUCCGAUCCUCCUCCUCUCCUCCCAUUCGGCUGAAUGCGCACGCGCGGCAAGAGCGUGAUAGCAAGUCUCUUAAAGUACAGAUUUGUCUUCAGAACUGGGUACCUCCAUUGUAGAGCAGAAAGGACCUGCAGAGAGACAGUGGCACCAAGACCUUAAAAUGCCAAUUGGGACUGAAAUGCAACUGCUGCCAUCUAGUGGCAUGUUGCAUGUACUGCACCAAAUAUUCAGUACAGCGCAACUAACUCUUUUAAAUUUAUUUAUUUAUUUUUACUCAAACUACAAAAUGGCCACAAUGUUACACACUUUGUUUUGUAUUCAAAAAUAAAGGAUGUUAUAGGAGCAUGGCUACUCUCCCUAUAAAUCUGAUCUAAAAUAGAAUGAUUUUGACUAGAAAGUGGUCAUUCUUUAAGCCCAAUCUCUUUAAGCCACCAACCCUAACCAUGAACCUGAAGAUGGUAUGAUGGUCUCUCUCUACGUGGAAAUGGGAAUCUAACGCUUUAUUUUUAUUUUUUUUACAGACUGCUGUUAAACAUCUUCUGCCUGAGGUGAAGGUGCAAGAUGCUGACAAGAUAUGUGUCGUCAUCGACCUGGAUGAAACAUUAGUUCAUAGUUCUUUUAAGGUGUCUUUAUAUAUUUUUUCCAUAUUUUUAUCACAGACAUACUGGUGUCUUUUAGUUCAGGGAGUGCUUGCUAGAGGAAAAAUCAGUGCUUUCAGCAGAGAGCAGAACUGCUUGUAGGAGGGUUCUCCUGCUCACAUGCCACUCAUUUCUUGUCACUCAAUGCAUGAAAACCUUUAGAUUUGCUAACAUUUCUGUAUACAUGCAGAAUGUAAACUGGGUAGCUGCUAAUGUCCUGUUUUCAUUUUUUCAUUUUGUAGCCCGUCAACAAUGCGGACUUUAUCAUUCCUGUCGAGAUUGAUGGAACGGUUCAUCAGGUAAUAGUCUUUAAGACGUAAGCCAGUGAGAUGUAUGUAUGAAAUUAUUUUAUGCUUAAUAGUUUCAUAUCCCUUUUGAUCCUCAACCUGCUGAGGGAAACUUAUUGUGUCACCAUAAGUACUUCCUGCAAUCCUUUGUACUGGAACAAUUCAUCAAAUGUAUCACCCUGGAACAUUGGAUAAAAUGUGACUGGAAACACCGCGAUACUGCUGGGGAAACCAGGUACCAAUAUACCAUCCUCUAGGUUGGUGCUGGUUUCAAGUAAUCCAGGAUAGGCUGUCUUGUCUCGAUCCAGCCUAUUCUUGAUUACUUGCGUCCAGAGCCAACUAAAUGCAUCCUGGAAUUUUUUUUUUUAUAUAUUUCUUUGAUAUCCUGAAUUUUUUUUAUUUUUUUUUUUUCUCUGAUUUAAAAAAAAUAAAAUAAAAUUUAAAAAAAUCCAAAAGGGCCAUAUCUCUGGUAUGUCCUGAGGAUAGUCCAGUAACCUUUAGCAUUGCUUCUGCACCAUCCAAAAUGCAACGGACUUCACCACUUUAACUGAAAGGGAGACAUUCAGUCACUGCUAAAUAGGCAAGAAUUUACGUUAAGCAGACUUUUUGGAUAGAGUACAAAGAUCUGACUUAUUUUUAAUUGGAGAAAAUAAAUAUUAGAUAUCUACUCCUAUCUAUCUCAGCCAUUGGAUAGUAAAAUGUGUAUGUAUCCUGCCGAAUCAAUCAGUUAUCAUUCCAUAGUGAAUCUUAUCCUGCUCUUGUCUUAUCUCUUAGGUGUACGUAUUAAAAAGACCACAUGUGGAUGAAUUCCUGCGACGAAUGGGAGAGAUGUUUGAAUGUGUCCUGUUUACAGCAAGUCUCGCCAAGGUGAGAAUCUUUCUACCUGGGCAAAAAGCAGAGUAGUUGUGGUUCUUUUAAUGUCUUAAUAGGUGUAUUUGUUUGCUCUUCUAACUUAUCCAGUAACCCACCUAAACAAGUAGUGAUUAAUAAUACACCUUUCAGAUCACUUUCAGAAGUCUCUAGUCUGUUGGUGUAUGAUGUAAAACUGUUAUUUUUGUGUUUGUUUUUGUUUUUUUAAGGAUAUCUUUAGGUUUGUGUUUUUUUUUGUAUCUAAAUUCUGUAAUAGUUUUGCUGAAACGUCAGGUAAAUGGACAGUUUAAGAUGACUUUUCAUGGACUGCACUUUGUAUGUGUAUUUUUCCUCCUAUAUUUCCUGUCUUUGUUUAAUACUUUCCUCCUCUGGUUUUAUUUUUAUUUUUUUUAUAUUCUAUAGUUUAACUUUACAAUCUUUCUAUCCAUGAUAGUAUGCAGACCCUGUGGCAGACUUGCUGGAUAAAUGGGGAGCUUUUCGGGCACGGCUUUUCCGGGAGUCUUGUGCUUUCCAUAGAGGGAACUAUGUGAAGGACCUUAGCAGGCUGGGCCGGGACCUGAGAAAACUUAUAAUCCUUGACAAUUCGCCAGCCUCCUACAUAUUUCAUCCAGACAAUGCGGUAUGAUUGCAUGAUGCAAAACCCCUCCCACAGCGCGGUGUCUGCUGGCUCUGUGUAGGGAAUGUAAAUAGGGCCUCUAUUGCAUGAGUGAUACAAACUAGGUAACUAUUGCUUAAGGCUGCUGUGAGGCUAGUAUUUAAUCCUAGAUUUACAGGCUUAUUUACUAAAGUGAGAAUUCAAAGUGAAUAUGAAACGUAAAGCAAAAGUUGUCAUCGUGACUCUUCCGUUCAGCUAUGUUGGCGUGAAGUUUAAAAUUCACUUUACAUUUUCUCUUUAGGGGAUAACCCUGUUCGUGUUAAGAACCAGAAAGCAAACAAUCAUUGUGAAGUGUUUGGUACUGUUGUGUGUAUUUGUAUUCUUUUCCAUAUUUAUUACACUGAACUUUAAUUACAUACAGGAGGGUCCUAGAUAAGAACAGUGCAGGAGAUACAUUCUAGAUUACCGAAUUUGCAAUAAAGGAAGUUUAAACUUUUAUUUUUUAAUUUUUUUUUUUAAUUUUUUUUAGAUCUCACUUUACAGGAAGUGUUUAGGAAGGCUGUAAGUCACAUGCAGGGAGGUGUGGCUAGGGCUUCAUAAACAAAGUGAUUUUUAACUCCUCAAUAGCAGAGAAUUGCGCAGUGAGUCUGCAGUGGCAUGAUCUAUAGACCAAAACUGCUUCAUUAAGCUAAAGUUGUUUUUGUGACCAGUGUCCAUUUGAGCUUUUUUAUUUUUUAUAUAUAUAUAUAUUUUUUUUAAUGUAUAUUAAACUGUCAUGUCACAUCAGUACAGUUUAGAUAUGGCAAAGUCAGUACAAACAUCUUAACUGAAUAGCAGACCUAGAAAUAAUGUUUCAUUUCUGCUCUGUAUGCUUUCUGGUUGGUGACUGCCAGGUGCAGAGAGUAACACAAUGAUUUGUUGCCAAGGAUUGGGUAUUUGCACUGGAUAUAUUAACUGUAUGGCAGUUGGCACACUUAUUGCACAAGUACGGUGGUUUUUAUGAGAGAUUACAUUUUUACUUGGAUUGGGGUCAUUGGUUGUAUUUUGUUUCACACCUUAUACAGACUAGCUCUAUUUAGGGAUAAGUAUACAUAUUAACACCGUGCACUUUCCUCCUCUGCAGGUGCCCGUAGCAUCAUGGUUUGAUGACAUGACAGACACAGAGUUGCUGGAUCUCCUACCCUUCUUUGAGAGACUCAGUCAGGUGGACGAUGUCUAUAGCAUUCUAAAGCAGCGCAGGACUGCAAGCUAGUGACUCAGAUGGGGGACAUGGGAGGGGCACGCAUGUCUUGCAUAUGAAUAAGCUCACAUGUGUUGUAUGUCGAAGGACAGGAGAGUAAGCCCUUCAUUCACACUUCUGUGUUUUGUUUUUUGGGUUUUUCUUUCUGUGAUCAGAUGUUAGGGGAUGGGGCUCAUCUGAUUCAGUCCACUGUGCCUUUGUAUUGUCUAUAAAUGCUGCAAUAAUAAGAGCAGUUUAAAUCCACUGCCUUGGUAAUGCCUGCGCUUGGCAGCUGACUUAAAGACUUUACAGAUAAUGUUUCACCUGAAAGUGUCACUGACUCUCGUCAACAUGAGAUGGCUUAGAUUGAGAAGAGUUGUAUUCCCAAAACGAAAUCUAAAGGCACAGUUUGCCUCCCCUGCUUUUUAUUGGGGUGAGUUUUGUAAAAUAUUUGUGACACUUCAUCUUUUCUUUGCUAUUCUGAUUUUAGUGGAAGUAAUGGGCAGAGACAAAAUAAGUUAUUACAGCAUACCACCGAUUAAAUGCCACAUAUUAAGGUUUGUCUAGUUAAAUUCCAUUUGUUUUUCAUGCUUCUGAUUCAGCAUGUGCUGUGUCCUUAUUGACAGGAGGCCAGUAUUGAUGGCAUUUUAAGAACCAUGCUUUUAUUGGGAAGCGGUAAGAGUUGCCAGAUCACUUCAAUUUAAAGAAAGUAUUAUGUGACCUCUAUGUUAUAGUAUCAAAGAAAGUGCAACCUAGUGUGCUUACCUAGGCGGCAUUGCGUUUGAUCUUUUGUUUUUAAACACCUUAUAAGACUUUCUUUUUAUAAAUACAUCAUUCCUGGCUCUUUUUUUUUUAAAAGGAGCAGUAGACAUACAUUUUGCAUGUGAAGGGUAAGAGAAUGCACAAUUUCAUACUCUGCUCCAACAUGUAAUGUGUGCUUAACUGACUCAGUAAGGAAACUUUUUUUUUUUUUUUUUUUUUUGGGGGUUAUAUUUAGGGGUUUAGUCAGCCAUUUCCACCAGGAAAAGAUGAGCAUGGUUAGUAUUCAAAUGCCGUUAUUAAACACAUAUUAAACUUGGACUCUUUUUGGCACCCCAGAUAUUUGAGACCUACAAUUUUCAUGAUCCGUCAGCAUGGAGGCUGUCUAAGAAUCAUGGGAAAUGGUUUACAAACCUGUGUGUAGCCAAGGCUAGUCAAUUCUACACUUAGAGAAUCGAGAACCAUUAUGGGUUGAGCAGCCAUUGGCCCAAUAACUUGACAGCUGCUGUGAUUGCUCUGUGAGAAAUUUCUCAAACUUCCAUAUACAUGAUUUUAAAUGAUUAAGUUUCAUUCAAUUUCUUGAAAAUAUGAGAUGUAAAAAAAUGUACGACCGUUGACUUUUAACCUACUGUCACUGCUGUGGGCUGUAAAGGGGAUUUCAUUAGUAGACUGGAUUAAUCGUUUUCUAAUUGUAUAGUAACGCCUUAAUUUGGUUUAUGCCUAAUGUAAUUUUCUUCUAAAGUAAAGCACCAAUGGUGACUUUUUUUUUUUUUUGUGUAGGUAUGUUACAAAGUUUAAAACCUCUUGCUGUAACACUGUAUAUUGAGCCAGAUUAAUUUUUCUCUUUGAGGUUCCCCUGUAGUCAAAUGUAUUCAUUGUGAGUAAAAUGCAGGGUUUUUGUUGAUAAACACAAAGUGCCUUUCUUAUAAACGAACAUUCUCCAAAUAACUCUGUUCUUAGAACACUGUAUUCCAAGUAGUGGCACCACUGAUCUUGUGGUCUGAUUCCCAUGAUGCACAACGUAAGGUAAUGGGCAAUGCCAACGUUUACCUAUCAGUGUUAAUCAGGGGCAAUCUGGAAAAACUGGGGAAAUGCAAGAUGUGAUUAAUGUAAAUGAUGUGCCUUGUUCCCUCCAAACACUGCUGCAAUGGGUAUACACAGACCUAAAUACAGAUGUUUGCCUUAAGUGUGUUAACCCUUAAUGUUCACAGGAUUGAGCAACAAAACAUGCACACUCAGUGCUGGUCCUUAAAGGGUUGACUGGCAAAGUGCCUUUUUUUUUUUUUUUUUAUUAUUAAAAUAUAUAUAUAUA